GGCGCGGCCCCCCCAGCCCGGCGGAGGAGAGGCGUGAGGGCUCUCGGGCAGGAUGCCGCUGGUGAAGAGGAACAUCGAGCCCCGGCACCUGUGCCGGGGGGCUCUGCCCGACGGGGUGACGAGUGAGCUGGAGUGUGUCACCAACAGCACCCUGGCUGCCAUCAUCAAGCAGCUGGGCAGCCUCAGCAGGCACGCUGAGGACAUCUUCGGGGAGCUGUUCAAUGAGGCCAACAGCUUCUACAUGAGGAUGAACUCGCUGCAGGAGAGGGUGGACCUGCUGGUCAUCAAGGUGACGCAGCUGGACUCCACUGUGGAGGAAGUUUCUCUACAGGACAUCAACAUGAGGAAAGCCUUCAAGAGCUCCACGGUGCAGAACCAGCAGGUUGUGUCUCGCAACUCCAUCCCCAACCCAGUGAUGGAGAUGUACCAGCGCUGCGACAAACCCCCACCACUCAACAUCCUCACACCCUACAGGGAUGACAAAAAGGAUGGCCUCAAAUUCUACACUGACCCCUCCUACUUCUUCAACUUAUGGAAGGAGAAAAUGUUGCAGGCAACAGAAGAUAAGAGGAAGGAGAAGCGCAGACAGAAGGAACAGCGGCUGGUGGAGGACUCCACCCGGGAGGUGAAGAAAGUGAGGAAAGCCCGAAACCGGCGGCUGGAGUGGAACAUGAUGGCAUAUGAUAAAGAGUUCCGGCCCGAUAACAGGUUCUCACCAUCCCCCUAUCACAUGGCGUCAUCGGAAGGAUCACUGUCCCCAGAUAAUAGAUCCUACGCGUCAGACGCGGCUGACCACUCGUACCCAGCGAGCCCCAACCACCCCGCGCAGCUGCUGGCCCCGGUGGAGCACAAGGAGGGGGUGCUGGCCCCCCCCAAUCCCCAGGAGCACGUGUACCGCCCGGCCCCGGGCAGCCGCCAGAACAGCCUCAGCCGGCUGCAGCAGCCCCACGCGCCGCCGCCGCCCGAGGCCGUGCUCAACGGGCCCAGACCGCACCUCGUCAAGGAUUACGGCCCUCAGCCGGUGCCCAUGGCCGAGUACUUCGUUCCGCCGGCCCCGCCACCCCCACCGCCCGUCAUCCCCUCGGCACAGACGGCCUUCGACAGCCCCAUCUCGGCCCCCCCUGCGCUGGCCCCCGGCUCGGCCGGGCCCCCCUCCUAUGCACCCUCGCCGCCCCCUGCGCCCCCCGGCCCCUACUCCGCAUCCCCGCCGCAGGCCGGCCCCAUGGGCCCCCCGGUGGCCCCCCCCCCGCCGCCCCCGGGGCCCCCGGCGGUCUCUGCCUCACCGGCGCACUCGGCCUCGCCGCCCGCCCCCGCCGUGGAGCCUCGGAAGCCGCAGAUCCCGCUGAUGCCCAUGAGCGACGCCCGGAGCGACCUGCUGGCAGCCAUCCGCAGGGGGAUCCAACUCCGGAAAGUCCAGGAGCAGUGGGAACAAGAGGCCAAGAAAGAGCCUGUGGGCAAUGACGUGGCGACGAUCCUGUCGCGGCGGAUCGCGGUGGAGUACAGCGAGUCCGACGACGACUCCGAGCUGGACGAGAAUGAGUGGUCAGACUGAGGGGCCCCGGGCUGGGCUGGGCUGGGCUGGGCUGGAGGAGCCCCCAGCUCUGCCCCGGGUGUGUACAGGCGCCUCCCCCACCAUUGCUGUGCGGGCGGCCCCACUCAUCCAGGAGCUUUGCUUUUACACUUUGUCCAAAACCCUGCGGGCAGCAGCAGCACUGGUAGGAUACACCUCAGAGGCAGUGAGACCAGACAUUAGCAGCACCUUCAUGUUUAAUGACUUCCAGAAUUCUCUGAAGGCAGGUUAAUAGGAUUGCUCUGGGUUUACACCUGGAGCAGGAGCAGAGGCUGGCCCUGAGUGUGCUUUGCGCGAGGAGGGAGCCCCAGGGGCAGCAGUGCUUUUCCAGCUGGACGGUAACUGUGGUAACGAGAAGCUCCUGGAGAAGAAGCCUGUUUGCACGGCUGGUGCCACCAUGGGAGCUCGGGGAUGGCCCUGCAUGGGCCUGGGGACCCUCUGCUGUCAGAGUUUUUGGGGUCAGGCAGCUCCAAAGGCUGCCCAUGAGCAGGAGCCUCCUUCCCCUGGGCGUGAUGCACCAUGUUUAGCAGCAGCUCCGUAGGGAUGGUUCCCAUCGUACUAUCACUCCCUGGAGAAUCACAGAAUGGUUGGGAUUGGAAGAGACCUUUAAAGCCUGUUGAGUCCAAUCCCUUGCAAUGAACUGGGACCCCUUCCACUAGACCAGGCUGCAUGAGAAGACCAAGGUGUUGGUGACCUGAGCCCGUUUCUGUCCUUAGAACUGGUUUUCUGGGAGAAAAGGGUGAAGGCAAGGCUUGUGUGGCUGACAGGGGCACGCAGCCUUGUCUUUGCCAGUGAAGGAUUAAGGUGUCCAGGGAGCUUCCCCAGACCCAGCUCUCCUUGGUCUUAAUGUGACACCAUUUCAGUGUUAUUUGAAAAAGAAAAAGAAGUUAAUUAGACAAUCUGCUGCUUUUAGGUAAACUCUCAACUUGCCCUUUGCAGCCCCACAUACUGUGCCUGUACAACUGAGACCAACUCAGAGCCAGGCACUGGUUCCCCCGCCCUGAUCCUGCCCCAUUCCCUAUCCCACAGGAGGGUGCUAAUGGGGGAGCUGGAGAGCCAGGCCCCUGCCACAGCACUGAAAAUACCUGUGCUCACAUCAAAAUAGAGUGAUUCACCCAAGACUUUUCUCCUCCCUUCACGGAGGGAGGAGGCACAGGAAGGCAGAGAGAAGGGGUAGGGAAUACUGAAAAUAUCACAGUCAGGUGCAAAAACCUGCAGAGAGCUGAGAGACAUUCCCCACGAGUGGAAAAUGGGCCAGGACCAGCCAUGGACUUGCCAGAGUGGUGUCCCCAGGCCCUCUCUUGUGUUCCCUUAUACCACAAGGCUCUGAAUGGGGGAAAACUGAGGCCCCAUGUUGCAGCUCUUCUGGGGAAAGCCUGGGCUCUGUGCCUGCCUCUCUGCCUCUCCCAGUAGCCAUGUAGGUGAUGGCUACAACAGUAGGAUUUUGACUCUCCAGAAGCAAACAGGCCAGUAAAGGAGGUGGGAGGGUACGGCUGGGACCCAAAGGCUCAUCCUUAAAUUCAUAGAAUCCUAGAGUGCUUUGGGUUGGAAGGGACCUUACAUCUCAUCUCAUUCCAGUCCCAUGCCAUGGGCAGGGACACUUUCCUCUAGACCGGGUUGCUGGUUCCUCACCCUGAGAAGUGCUGGUGUUGAACAACACCCCAAACAUCUGCUCAUUUCUCCCCAGUGAGAAACUUUUCAUGGCCAGAUGUGGUGAAUCCUCUGCCCAGCUGCUGAGAAAUGCCCCCAGGAGCUCUCCUUUCUCUUGGCUGCCACAAAAUGGUCUCUUGUCCCUUGGGAGUGACACCUCCCACAUCUCCACUCCUGGACUGUGAGCUGUGGUGCCGAGUGGGCUUGAGCAGAGGGGCAGCAUGGAUGUGGGAGAGGGCAAGGCAAGAAGCAGAAGUGCAAUAGGAUGCAUGGAAUAGCUCAUCUACAAAACCCAAGGAAGCAGGGCUGACCAAAGGAGGCAGGGAGACACAGUGCACCAGGAGGUCAGGAAAUUCCUGAUGCUUGGUGCUCGCCAAGAGCUCUCGUUUCUGAUGUAGACCCUCUGAAACACAGGGAACUGGCUGCAAAAGCUUUUGGCCAAAGCCUGGCCAAGACAGAGAGCCCCUGUGAUGGGCCUUCCUUGGGAAAGCAGCUGGGAUUUGACCUGGAACAUGUUCAGAAGGAAGUGUUGUAAAAAUUCAGAGCAACAUUUCAGCAGAUUCCUGGUGGUAUUUAUUGUGGAGCGUUAUUAACGUAGACACAAUCGUAAUCCUGUUUGUGUGUGAAGAGAAAGUGGAUUUAUUUGGAUAAUUUAGAAAAAGUAAUAAAUUUUAUGAGGAGAGAGAAUAGCAGGGGCUGGGGGAGCUGCUCUUACCUGUUAUAGGGGUCGAAGGGCUGCAGAGACAUUGGGGGGAACCAAGUAGGGGCUCAGGGACACAUGGAACUGGCUUGUCCCUUGGAUCUCUGACUGGCCCAAUUCUGCAAAGCCGAGCCAGUCCUGGUGAGAACUGGAGAGUGGUCGAGUGCCCCUGGAAGAUCAAGCCCCUUCUUUUCGUGCACCAGUUGCUUUGUGUGUGUCACAUUGGAACUGUGGUCAUUCUGGCAGGACUCUGGUGUGUGGCAGGUCAGGACUGUCCCUGUAGCCUCUCACUGCCCUGUCACCUCCCCACAGCUGUGCUGCACUUGGGAUUGGCAGCUGUCAGUCAACCCAUGCCAGUGUCAGGGUUGAUGCUGUUCCAUGGCAAAACCCUUGACAGUCAGAAUGGCUUGGGUUGGAAGGGACCUUGAAGGUCAUCUAGUUCCCUCAAUCCUUGCCUGCCCUGUGCACAGGCCACAUCUGCAGAGUGGGUGUACAGCUGGGAGCCUCGGGAGGGCAGGUAGCAAUGCUCCCCUGCCCACUCUUCCUCACUCCUUACACCAUCCUCUCCCCUUUGGACAUCCCAGCACAUCCUCACCAUUCAUAUUCUGCUUACAAUCUCCAGCCCUUGAUAACACAAACACGUUUCAUGUGCUCAAGUCCAAAGCAAGUCAGCAGGACCAUAACCUCCCAGCAUUGCCCAUUGCUUGAAAACAUCAUGAUCCUCCUCUUCCAGGGAUCUGAAUUGCCAUGGCAGCCCUUAAGCUGUCCUGAUAGCAGGGAUGGGGCUGAUCCCCCGCCCCAUCCUCAUCCCAGCGAGAUCUGCAGCAGAGCUCGUUGCUCAGCUUUCUGCUGUAGCUGGUGGAGAGGUGACCUGUGUAGUCAGGGUGGGCUGUAGAACCCAUUUCUGGUCUGGUCACAGUGAUGCUCUUCCCAACUCUCCCAACAGCACCACAAGGCAGGCAAGCACCCGGAAUUGCUGAGGUUGGAAAAGACCUCUAAGAUCAUCAAAUCAGACCAUUAAUACCACAUGGUGGCACUGAGAGCCCCGAUCUCAUGACACAGCCACUGCAUCCUCAGAAUCUUCACCCGACAGUUCAGCCACGCUGGAGCGUGACCAGCUUUGUUUUAGGCACAUUCAUCUGCUUUUUGCCCAGGUGACCUAUGAAAUCCAACAGAAGCAACACCAGUUCCUGGGCUGGCACUGCUGGAGUUGGUUGUGCCCCACUCGUUAACACUGUCUGUCUGACCCACAUGCUGCACACUCCAUAUUUUGUACAUAUGUGCCUAUUCCCGGAUAUUCUUCCCAAAGUAGGCCAUGCUGUGUUACACAACCUGAAAUGCUCAAAUCCUCAUGUGGGCUGAUAUAAAAGUGAAUAUUUAAAUAUUUUAUCUAGCUUGGCAGACAUUAAAAAAUACAAUCCAGGUCACAGAUGAUUGAAUUUCUCCUCUCUCAAGAGUGCCAGAAUUGGGUUGAGGAGAUUCUCCUGUAUAUUAAGGUAUCAUGUUCCAUGUUAAAAUAUAGCAGUGGCAUUUCUUUGCCAGUGGAUAAUCACGGAGUGCCAAACAUUUAAUGAGCCCAACUGAUCUCCUGAGAGCUCCUCUUUCCAUUUUAUCUGCUUUCCCCUACUUGCCAAUUUAUGGGCAUAGAUUAAAAAUAAUAAAUAUGACUGCCAGCGGGGGGAAGAACACCCUGAGUGCAUACAGAUGGAUUGGGCUGGAGUCAGUGGAACAGUAAAUAAGCCAGUUUUGUUCUGCUUGGAGAUAUUAAUGGAAGGCUGUGGUCCUUGAGCUCCAUCAGGAGCCUCUUGGACAUCUCUGGUUCAUCUAAAAACGGACACUGUAGGGACCAGCAUGUCCAUGGCACAUCUGUGAACCUACACCAAGUGUGAAGUCUAGUCUUGCUCAAGUUUCUGAAGGCUGGUGGAAGUCUAGCAGUGUUCAUGCCUGCCCUUGCACUCAGCGUCUCCUUGGGUUAGAGGGACCAUUGGAGCUGGCUCUGGAUGCUGGUUAGAGGUGUCCUGAAGGAGGAAUGGAUUGGGUAGUUUCUAACUUUGCACCCUGGGAAGAAACCUAGAGAGGAGCAAGCAUCACAUCCCAUGACAGCUCCUACUUCUGCUGAUGUUUUUUCUGGGGAAGGUCUUGCUCUUGGUGCAAACAUGAGGCUGAACUUGGCUUCUCCAGAGAACUCCCUCAAAUUUCCUCCCAGCAACUUUUUCAUCUCUGUUUCCCUUUCAAGACACCCAACAGCCUGAACAGAAGCUUUGCAGACUCCCUUGGGGACAGAGCCUGAAUUUACACCUCAGCUUUAAUGAUAAAUGGAAGUUUUGCUUGGAGGGAGGCAGGUUGUAGCACCGGAGGUGGUGUUUUGGAGGGUGCAUUCCAGAGGUCCAUGGCUGGCAGGAACACAGUGCCAUUUCCUCGUGGAUGGACCAUGUUUGGCCAUGGGAAGCACUCCCCAUCAUGGGAUGCUGGCAAGGGGAGCACAGGCAGUUCCUUUCACCAAGAUUCCUGUUUUCCUGUAGUAGUAGUUAUUUAGGGAUAAGGUUUUCUCAGCUGGAAUGUUACUUUACAGAUUAAAAACCCAAAACAAUAAGGGCAAGGAGUCUGUCCGGAGGAGUUUACAGUCUACAGCAAAGACCAUAUAACCUGCACUGCACUUUAGGAGCCUCAAAUGCUCACUCACCCAUGAAUUUACUCUCCACUGGGUAGCAGCACCUCAAGGACUGUUGUCCCUUCCUUGGGUGACCCCACGAGCAGCCCCAUGACCACAUCCCCCCGCUGAUGUCACAGUGGGGCUCUCCUGCCCCUCCACUACUGCCCUGCAAAAGUGCCUGAGCAAAGUCCAGGAGUGCCAAGCCAUGCUGGGUUUGUCCCUGUGCCCUCAGGGUGGGCCUUUCCCAGUCCCCACACAGCUCUGCUCUCUGGGAUGGCCAUGGAUGUGAUGGGAAACAUGCCUGGAUGCACCACUGCCUGCCAAGACUUAGAGCUGCCCAUCAAUUCACAUGGUAGCCUCUGAGCUCAUGCAAAAUGUCCUCCUUCAGACACUUAGAAGCCAAACCUAGACUUUGACGUAUUUUGAUCUGUUUGAGAGUCAAAGGAUGCGGGGGGGUUGUGAAUCUGGUCUUCCUUGAACAAACUCCAGGUUUUCUAGGAUUGUUGUCUCAAGCUCUGCUUUCUCACAGUAAAAAUUGAGCCUGGAUUUUGCUGGGGAAAGGAACGAAAAAAACCCAAACAAAACUCCCAGUCAGGAACUUGAGUGAGGUUUGCCCCAAAGCCUUCAGAACGUGCCCACAGGCAGGGUGGGGGCAGGACACCACCCUGGUGCUGUCACGGCUGAGGCAGAGCCUGCAGCAAGGGAUGGGCUCUCGGUGAGGGAAAUCCCCAGGCAAGAUCUGGAUGGAACAUGCUUGGCCACAGAGUCCCCAAAGGCAGUGCUGAUGUGACUUUAUCCAUAUUAAUGUCUGGAUUACAGACUGGCAGGACCCUGAGGCCGUGGGCUCCUCCACAGUGCUGCGUGAUAGCAGAGCAGGGAUGGGCACCCUAAUGGGCAUCUCCUAAUAGGGAUCUUUCCAGAGGUGCCUUUGUAGUCUCUUGUUCCUCUCAGGAACAGGUUCAAACCUGUUAAACAAUGACCUGCCGGUGUUGUGAGCCCAAGUGUGUGGGAAGUGAGCCUUCCCCUGCACACCUUUCCCGUGGUGGCAAUGCCAAGGCCCUGGGCUGGCCCUGGGGGACUUUCAGCCCAAUGGCAGCUCCAGCACUUAGUUCUGCAUAAAGUAUUAAGAGUGCAAAGAGGAGGAAAAAGACAGAAAUAAAAUAAUCCAGCAUUUUAGGUUGGUUUUUCUCCCACUGCUCUGUACAGGGAAAACCUCAGAUGGGUAAAACCCCCUGAAAAGCCACAAAGGGCAUGGAAAAAAUAACUCUGUUCUCCAUGUCAGUGAGGGACUCAAGUGCACGGCACUGGAGGAGUGAGUUGUGGCAGAAGGGAGCUGAGUCAGAUCUUGGGGAAGGCUUUGCCAUGGUAAGGGAUGGAGAAACUGAAGCAGGCCACAAAGGUUCUGCCUUAGGAGGGCUUUGAGAAGCAGGUGGGCAAAUGCCAGAAAGGAGCACUGCCCAUGACCUUGUUGUGGGCCAGGGAGUGGUGGAGGUGCCCACAGGGCAUCUCUUCAAAAUGUGUUUGUAGUUCUGCCUCAUCCCCUCCUUUGGGUGUCCCAACCCCAAAGCAUCUCCCACCAGCCAGGGCAGCUGCUGGAGCUCUCUCUUGGUUUUGGUGUUGACCCUUAAAUGCAAUAAAGAUAAAACACCUGAGAGGGAAGGAUGUGAACUGAGUAGAAAACCAGGGCAUGCAGAUGUUACUGCUGUAUUUCCCUAGUCAGAAGGCAGCAGCUCCAGCAACUUGCUCCUCAGGACCCUUCUUCGCCUGCAGCUGCAGUGGGUAAACCAUGCUGGUAAAUUAAGGUGGAGAUUUUAAAAGUUACCCUUUGAUUUGGGCUAGCUCAGAUGAGAAAUACAAAAAUAAAACACAAACCCCUCCCCCACAAAACUAAAAAGCAAACAAACAACUUACAUGUGAUUUCCAGAAGGACAAUUUGUUCUGUUCCCUUCCCCUGGACCUCGAGGGAAGGUCAAACCCAGCAACACUUCCCAGCUAUCACCAACAAAAUGAAGCAGGUCUCACCACUUCCAAAAAAAUCACAUCCUGAGAAAACAGUAUUUAAGAAAAAGCAGUAAGAACCUCAUCACAGUGCAGCAAGGAGAGGGGUCUCUUAUCACCCCAGGAGGUGCUUUUGACAGUGAAGGCCCUUCCCCAGCCCAAGUGUUUGAAGUCCUGUUGAUUUUCACCUCUCACCAGUGCUGGUCCAUGCCUGACACCUCAGCUGGGAACACUUACACCAUAGCAAGUCAUUUCUUACCAUGGAAAAGGUAACCAUAAAAGUCUUGUCUUUGAGCCUGGUGAUGUUCCUGUGACACCCAUGGAGGAGAGGGUGAUUUCCUGAUGGCAGCAGGAACAGCUUUGACACAGUCCUGCCAGGUCUUCAAAAAUCAAACUGUUAUGAGCCUCAACACCCCCUCACUGCCCCUCCCCCCCCAAUUUAAUUUUAUACUGAGAUGUUUCAGGUCUACCUUUAGUUCUGUCCAGUUUUUAUCAAACGGGACCAUUCUUGGUGGUGCUUUUCAU